AUGAGAAUGUUAGGCGGCUCCCAAGGCUUGUAUGGGCUGAGCCUCAGUGGCCUCAUGCUUGCCCUGCAAUGCACAGCAGCCGAUGCCGCCCACACCCAAGGGAAAUCGGUGCCCCUCAACCUCGCCCCUUACUUCAACAACAAGGGAUUCGGCAGCCAGCCGGGCGAGGCCGCCUUCGACACACAAAACCAGUCCUUCCCAGUCCCGCCCGCGAGCAUGAGCCCGUGGUACACCUCGGCGGACACGGGCAUCCGGUAUAGUUUUCCCGGAUACACUGGUCCGGCUGAACAGCCCGACAACCUGAUCGCUACCGGCCAGACCAUCCCCGUCUGCAAGGGCAGCUACUUCUCAGCCUCUUUCCUCAUUGCUGGGGACGUCCAGGGUGCCACGGUCAGCGGACCAGUGUCCUUUGUGUACUCUGACAACAUGCAAUCCGAGUACGAGAUCCGGUCGCUCAACUGGUACAGCUGGCUGACCAUCGAUCGGGGCGAGAUCACCCUGCCGCACCGGUACACGUCCAAUGGCACGAACGGGAACACGACGCAGAUCUUUGAGCGCACCGCACCACUGCUGCCAGGCAAGAAGCUCACGUCCAUUGUACUGCCCGACAGGAGCAAUAGCACCACAGGGCGCCUGCACGUCUUUGCCAUCUCGCUGUGGCAGCAGGAGCCGACCGUCAAGGUGCAGUCGGUCCGGCCUACGCAGAAAUGGGUCGGGGACCGGAACCAGACACAAGUGGUCGAGGUCACCAUCAACAAUGCCGGGUCCGAGUGCUCUGCCGGCGACGGAUUCAAUGUCACGCUCGCCGGCGAUGGGUUCAUCACCACGCUUCCGGGUCACGUGAAGCGCCUGUGCCCAGGAGAUCAGAAGACGGUCGCUGUUGGGGUGGAGGGAGCAAGCGGAGGCCCGAUGAGCGUCACUGUCCAUCUCACGCAAGGGUCCCACGACUGGACAACCUCGUCUUUCGAUGAUGUAGAGAUCGGAUUCAAGGACUGGACGGCCGAUUCGACCAGCCUGGCGCAGCACGAAAGCCCCGACUGGUUUAACGGCGCCAAGUACGGCAUCUUUAUCCACUGGGGCGUUUACGCUGUGACGGGCUGGGGCAACUCGACGCCAUACGAGUCUUAUGCAGAGUGGUUCUGGUGGUACAGCAUGAACCAUCCUCAAGCUGACCGAUCCAACUUCUACGGCUACCGAUUGGAGACGUACGGGAAGGAUUGGGCUUACGAUGACGCGAUCCCAGAGUUCACAGCGGCGGCGUGGGAUCCAAAGGAGUGGGUGGACCUCUUUGCGGACGCGGGCGCCCAGUACUUUGUCGUGACGACCAAGCAUCAUGAUGGGUUUGCCCUCUUCGACACGGGCGACACGUCAAACCGCAGCUCGCUGCACUACGGACCAAAGCGCGACCUGAUUGCGGAGCUGUUUGAUGCCGCAAAGACCCAUCAGCCUUCCUUGAAACGAGGCACCUAUUUCUCCCUGCCCGAGUGGUUCAAUCCAGACUUUGGUCCGUACGGCUAUGUCCAGCACCCGACCCCGUCGAGCACCAGUUGGCUCGGCAUCCAGGCCAAGAACCCCUACACUGGAGUCGAGGAGCCCUACACCGGGCGGGUCCCCAUCGGCGACUUCAUUGCUGACCUCAUGGUGCCCCAGAUGGAGACGCUCGCCUAUACCUACGGCACCGACAUCAUGUGGUGCGACGCCGGGGCGGCGAACGGGACAGCCGCCUUCGCGGCCGCGUGGUACAACAAGGCCCGAGCCGAGGGCCGGGAGGUGACGAUGAACUCGCGCUGUGGCAUCCCCGAGGCCGACUUUGACACGCCCGAGUACGAGACUUUCGCCUCGCCGCAGCGGCACAAGUGGGAGAGCAACCAAGGGAUGGACCCGUACAGCUACGGCUACAACCGGGCGACCAAGGACGAAGAGUACAUGAACGCGACGACCAUUGUGCACUCCCUCGUCGACAUGGUGUCCAAAAACGGCAACCUGCUGCUCGACAUUGGUCCCCGGGCCGACGGCAGCAUCGUGCAGGCCGAGGUCGACAACCUGCGCGAGGCGGGCCGGUGGAUCAAGAGCCACGGCGAGGCCAUCUUCAACACGACGUACUGGUUCGUGCAGAGCGAGAUUGUCGGCGGGCCGGAUGUCAGGUUCACCCAGACGGCUGAGGCAUUCUACAUCGUUUUUCUCGAGAAGCCCCGUCCUGUAGAUGGCUGGGUCGUUAUUCAAGCGCCAAUCCCCAUUGUGGACGGCGACAUCGUCAGCCUGCUGACCGUUCAGGGCGGGGAAACGCUCGAGUGGAGCAUGACAAGCUCGGAAGGUCAGCCGGAGCUCAAGGUUAAAGUGGACCAGAUACUGGUCGGUGCGGACCAAUAUGGAUGGGUCUUCAAGGUCUUGUAUGUGGGGUGAUAUGGCUGAACACUAUUGAAUGCUGUUCACAGCUGUGAGUCCGCCACGGAUACGGAAUAUGACCUCGUCACUUGUGGAUUACGUGAGUCGUACCGAGAUCCAAGGGGAAGGGCUACUAGCGACUACGGAGCUAGUAUUGAGCAUUAUCGAUGAUACGCUCGUUGAGCAGAAGCGUAUCUGGAUAAGUGGGCUUAGUGGCUAAAACCACUUACCAGCAGACCUCUCACAUAUGGAUAAUAGACUACACCUACAAGCUACGCA